CGAGACUGGAUAACAGCGCAAGUGUAGUAGGAGGUACUUUGCGGUAUUGCAACGGGAUUACGCCUUCUUGUUUCUUUUCCCUUUUUUAUGUUACGAAAACCGAUUCCUUCCUUCGUCGUCAGUAUCCAGAGGAAAACGAAUGGCAGCAGACGGUUUUACUGCAGCUGUUUCUGAUGAAGUGACGAUUUUUCCACAAUCAUCUGACUUUUGGAUGCAACCUUGAGGUUGAUCAGGAGAAGCUGUCAUGUCUUGACUACAGAAGGGCCCUCUGGAGCCCUUUGCCUCCACCCUGGACCACCUUACCCCUCCCCCAUUUAUCACCUUAGCGCUUCUCCUGCCCUGCGCUACCCCCUGAACUCCCUGCAAAUGUGAGAAACAGGCUUCCCUACCCUGGCUGCUGACUGGCCAACACUGAGAGAUGAGCCUACCUAAGCACCAUCAGUUUGCCAAUAGUAGCGGCAGGGUAAUGGGCUCUGACAGGGAUCUGCAAUCCACUGCCUCCUCCAUUUCCCUGUCCUCUGUGAAGAAGGCGCCUAAGAAAAGGCGCUUAUCCCUGGCUUCGCUAUUUCGAUGGAGAGGACGGGAGGCCAAAUCAGUGCGGAGAAAGUCUCGAGAGCUCCAAAGCCUCGGUCCAGGUGGGCUUUCAGGCGUGGAUGGCAUCGCUAGCAUUGAGAGCAUUCAUUCCGAGAUGUGCUACGAUAAGAACUCUGCCUUCUUCACUGUGGUUGGGAACGGCGCUCCCUCGACUGCUUUUUUUGCUGCCUCCACCUCAUCUGCCUCGGGACCUUGUGUAUCUGCCUCCACCCCCUCUUCUUCAAAGCUGGGGAGUGGAGUGGGGUUGGAGCUUUUGGAGUGCCCCCUGUGCCUUCUGCACCACUCUAAGGAGAGUUUCCCUGACAUCAUGACCUGUCAGCACCGGUCUUGCAUCGACUGCUUACGUCAGUACCUGCGCAUUGAAAUAUCAGAGUCACGCGUCAACAUCAGUUGCCCCGAGUGCUCGGAGCGUUUCAACCCACAUGACAUCUGCAUGAUUCUUGGUGACCGGGGUCUGAUGGAGAAAUAUGAAGAGUUCAUGCUUAGAAGGUGGUUGGUGGCUGACCCUGACUGCCGUUGGUGUCCGACGCCUGAUUGCGGGUAUGCAGUUAUUGCCUUUGGUUGUGCUAGCUGCCCUAAAAUCACAUGUGGGAGGGAGAGUUGUGGUGCGGAGUUUUGUUAUCUUUGUAAGCAGCUGUGGCACCCCAACCAAACCUGUGAUGCAGCACGACAACAGAGAGCCCAAAGCCUUCGCCUGAGAACAAUACGCUCGUCGUCUCUCAGCUCCAGCCAAGAGAGUGGAGCCACAGCUGAUGAUAUUAAGCCAUGCCCACGCUGUGCUGCUUACAUCAUCAAAAUGAAUGAUGGGAGCUGUAACCACAUGACCUGCGCUGUCUGCGGUUGUGAGUUCUGCUGGCUUUGUAUGAAAGAGAUCUCAGACUUGCAUUACUUGAGCCCAUCAGGCUGUACUUUUUGGGGGAAGAAGCCAUGGAGCAGAAAGAAGAAGAUUCUCUGGCAAUUGGGAACACUUGUUGGUGCCCCUGUUGGCAUUGCACUGAUUGCUGGCAUAGCUAUCCCUGCCAUGGUUAUUGGCAUCCCUGUCUAUGUGGGAAGAAAAAUUCACAAUCGCUACGAAGGUAAAGAUAUAGGCAAGCACAAGCGGAAUCUCGUGAUUGCAGGUGGCGUAACACUUUCUGUCAUUGUGUCUCCAGUGGUUGCAGCAGUCACUGUUGGCAUUGGAGUUCCCAUUAUGCUCGCGUAUGUUUACGGUGUGGUGCCCAUAUCGUUGUGCCGGAGUGGGGGCUGUGGUGUAUCCACAGGCAAGGGAAAAGGUGUUCGAAUUGAAUUCGAUGAUGAGAAUGACAUGAAUGUCGCCACUGGAACAGCAGCCACUGAUUCAACAUCUGUAGCAGACACGAGAAACAAUCCAAGUAUCAGUGAAGGCAGUGUCGGGGGUCUGACGGGGAGUUUAAGUGCCAGCGGCAGCCAAAUGGACAGACUUGGGGCAAUCAGGGACAACCUCAGUGAGACAGCAUCCACCAUGGCCCUUGCUGGAGCCAGCAUCACCGGCAGCCUUUCUGGCAGCGCCAUGGUCCACUACUUAAGCAGGUUGGAAGUGCAAGCUGAUGUGCAAAAGGAUCUCUGCAGUCUUAGUGGUGAAUCUGGUACUGUCAGCCUCGGAACAAUCAGCGACAACGCAAGCACUAAAGCCAUGGCUGGAUCCAUUCUGAAUGCUCACAUCCCCCUUGACAGGGAUGGCAAUAGUAUGGAAGUUCAGGUGGACAUUGAAUCCAAACCCGCCAAACUACGGACUCACAGCGGAAGCAGCAGCGUGGAUGAUGGCAGUCACGUGGGUUGGACGUGCCCCUCGAAUGAUUGCGUGGCCUCGCAGGGUCGAACAACAUCAGCCAAGUGUCCGUCCUCCACCAACUCUGGAGGCAAAAAGAGCAAAGGCAAACUGCACAAGAAGGCAGACAGAGGCACGAAAAUCAACGACACGAGGGAUGACAUGGACGCUCAGCUUUUGGAGCAGCGUAGCGACAACUCUUUGGACUUUGACUCCCCUCUUAGCGGCAGCCUGCCAUCCGUUUCGGACUCCCACUCCAGCCACGUCUCAGAGUUCAGCGGCUCAGAUCUGGAGGGCGUGAAAACGUUGUACGGCUCCAGCGGAGGCGACUAUCACUCACGCUUCGCCGCCGUCAGUCCCUUGCCCGAAGUGGAGAAUGACCGGCUGGAGACCUGCCCCGCCUCACGGACCCCGUCCCGGGUUCCCCGCUCACCUACCUCCUCCCCAGCUCACGCCGCAGAGCUCUCCCCUCUCCGCUAUGUCACAGAGGAGAAUAUCAACCUGGUCUGCCCCACUGAGCGGGACUGUCAGAGAUGCACAGUGCACCUAAUAAAAGAGACUAACAACAAUCACCAGUCGCCACAACAUACCACUCAAACCCAGCACAAGAACCCUUGUAUACAGACUGACAUAUAAAAUAUCAAUACCACAAGUGCUGCAUAGAUGCUCAGUUUUGUUUCCAUCUUUUCAUUCGUUCACAUAACUGUCACAUUGAAAGUGUAGUUCACGAGAAAGCACUUUUGAUUUCAAAGAGUCAACUGACUGUAUGCAAACUGCUUUGUUAUCAUUGGUUGAGAUCAGUGAACUGCUUCUUUUUGGUCGAGGUUUGAGAUGAAACCACUGUGCUAGUUCCGGUCCUAUUUGUCUGUUAUCCAAAUGGAUGGAAGCUUAAUUUCAUUGACAACAAAGGGAGUCAGUUUUUCCUGGAUUGCUCAUUUGUAUGGAAAAACAUUUAUGAGUGCUUGGUCUUACCUCACGAGGUAAGAAGUGUGUGUGUUUGCUAUCUUUUUUGUUCACUCAUGGUGCCUUUAAAAGCAGUUCUGUGUCUCUCACUCUUCAGACUCCACCGUGUCUUAAAAACCUCCCCCUCAGACUUUGACACAUUCUAUACGACAGAAUGUUGGGGGAGCAAUUACUGAGGCACAGUCAACAUGGUAAAUCAACACAAUUGCUUACCAAAGACAAUGCUCAGGCUCUUGUUAAUCUUUGACAUGUUGCCGGUAUACACACUCUGAUGCAUUUUUUUGUUUUUUUAAACAAAGGACUGUCCAGAAAUACGACUAUUUCAUACACACUUUAAUAAUCGAGGACACAGCGGCCAAGGCACCUGCACUGUUACCUGGUUUUAUAUAAAUUUGCGAUACAAGCUGCAUAGACAUACUGCAUACUGUAAAGAGUUGUCUUCCCAGAUUUCCACAUUACUGUUGUGUUGCAUAUCGGUGCUAAUACAGAUUUGGGGGAAAGAGGUGUUUUUGUACAGGGGAGCCUCUACUGUGGCUGCAAUGAAAUGGUUAACAGCAGUUUUAUUUGUAUUUAGACGCAGGAUGAAGUAUAAACCUAUGCUGAAGCUUUUUUUUUUCACUGUUUAUCACCAAAACUGGUUACGACUUAACACACUCGUGCCAGAUGGAAUUGUGGAGGCUAUUUGUUUAGUCAUUUGCUUUAUUACAUGCGUGUAAAUGCAUAUCAAAAUUUAAAAAAUGGUUCUCAUCUUUACUUAUGAACUGUUUCGUCCAAAAUUCUUUAAAUUAUUGUCAUUUAAUAAUAUUAUUAAUACAUUUUAUUUAGGGCUGUCAAAAUUAUCGCGUUAACGGGCGGUAAUUUAAAAAAAAAAAAGAAUUACGUUAAAAUAUUUGACGCAAUUAACGCACAUGCCCCGCUUAAACAGAUUAAAAUGACAGCAGAGUGUAAUGUCCGCUUGUUACUUGUUUUUUGGUGUUCGGCGACUUCUGCUGGCGCUUGGGUCCAACUGAUUUUACGGCUUUCAGCAUGGUGUAAUUAUUGACAUCAACAGUGGCGAGCUACUAGUUUAUUUUUUGAUUGAAAAUUUUACAAAUUUUAAUAAAACGAAAACAUUAAGAGGGGUUUUAAUAUAAAAUUUCUAUAACUUGUACUAACGUUUAUCUUUUAAGAACUACAAGUCUUUCUAUCCAUGGAUCGCUUUAAGAGAAUGUUAAUAAUGUUAAUGCCAUCUUGUUGAUUUAUUGGUAUAAUAAACUAAUUACAGUUCUUAUGUACCGUAUGUUGAAUGUAUAUAUCUGUCUUGUGUCUUAUCUUUCCAUUCCAACAAUAAUUUACAGAAAAAUAUGGCAUAUUUUAGAGAUGGUUUGAAUUGCGAUUAAUUACGAUUAAUUAAUUUUUAAACUGUAAUUAACCUGAUUAAAAAUUUCAAUCGUUUGACAGCCCUAAUUUUAUUUCUAGAGCGCUUUUCAAGCCACACAAAGAUGUUUCACAAGACAGAUGGAAUCACAAUACCAACAAAACGAUCAUAAAAAGAUUAAAAGCAUGAUAAAGAGUUAUAUGAAUAUAUAACAGCUAGGGAUCAUGGUGGGUAACAAAGAGUGAACAGGUGUGUUUUCAGUCUGGAUUUGAAGAGUGAAAGGGUAGAUAUAUUGAGAAGAUCAGUGGAAGGGAGUUCCAGAGCUGGGGGGCUAAGUGACUAAAAGCUCUAGAACCAAAGGUGGAGAUACGGAUACGGGGGACGGAAAGGUGGAGGAUAAUGGAAGAGCAAAGUGGACGGGGUGGAUUGUUAAAACAGAGUAGAUUACAAAGCAAGGGUGAAGGUCUGCAUAGGGAUGGUAGGGACAUAACACUACCAACUUGUCAGGAUGCUCAAAUUGUCCCCACCAACUUUUAAGCAACCUUAUUUGCAGCAUAUAAAGAGUUCAGUUAUAUAGGUAAUUUAGAUUGUCUUCCCAUAUAUUGUAAUGACAGAAUAGACCCUUUGCCUGGCACCGCCAGACUAUUCUCCCUGUAUUUUUCCAAACACUGUGAGAAAUAGUCUGGGACCCAGCCCAUUAACGGCCUCUCGAACAAGUAUAAUCAACCGUCCAAUCAGAUUUGUUUAUUUGCGUGACGUAUUCUUAACGAG